CUCUUUUACACAACUUUUCUCAGCAUCUAGUGUUUGAUGCAGAAUACGUUUGUUCGCUAGUAUCAAUUGGUUAUAUUAAUAGAGUUUUGAACUAUAAUCCGUCAUAUAUAACCAAAAUAUUGUUUUCUUUUAGUAGUGAAGUGAACAUAAAUUUAUACAUGUCAAUACAGUUCAAUUUAUUUAACGCGACGCAUCAUUGGCUUCCCGUAAAAGUGUUUUAGAAGUGUAUCAUUUCCUGUUUCAUAUCAUACAGAAACAAGCAACUGCGAUCGCUAGCAUAUUCUUUUCGUUAUCACGUGCGCGGCGAGCGGCUCCGCGUCGAGUAUUUGGUAUAUGGAAGCGGAGGGAGACUGAUAAUGGUUGCCGCGAAUUGUGUUGUAGUGGUUACAGUGUUGUGAAGUAGUGUUGGGUGUUGUUACAUAAGGGGAAAAUGGUUAAUUUAGAGAGCCCGCCCUGACGCGCCUAGCGGCGUCAGCGACGGGCGGCGCCCGGGUCAUGGCCCCGGCGCUCUCCGUCGCUUCUCAAGAUCCCUUCGAAGCGAUCGAAAACUUCGAGAAACCUCCUAGACGGGCGCUCGCGUCCGUCGACAACCUCGCAACACACAUGGAGGAAGAAAUGGGCCUCCAAAACCAGCCUAGCCUCGCUAAGGACUCGCAAGAAAUGGAACAAAUUUUGGUCGACUUGGGCAGCAGUGAUAUCGCUCAGGCUGACCUUCUCCAAGCUAUCAAGACUUUAGAAUCUGGCGGUGAUGCAUUAUCUACGGGUGAAACUGAUGCCAUUUUUCCUUUAUCUGGCUUUGAUUUGACUGAAAAUGUUGAUUCUGAAGGUGAUGCCACUGAGGACAAAAUUAAGCUCCUUCAAGUGAGGUUAGAAAGACGUUGCGCUUUUUUACAGCGGCGAUUACGAAUACUCCAGGCUAGAGCUAUAGGCAAAAGAAUAUCAGAGGAGGUGGCUCAGACAUUUGAAAAAUCCACUCGAGGUGCUAGGAAAGAUGGUGGAGGAAGGCCAAUGGGUUUAAAAGCUUUCUUGAAGAAAAUUGAGACCAGUGCUACAUUACAAGCGAGUGCUGCAUCUAGAACGGUUGUUGGACCUAAAUAUUAUCACGCCAGUACAUCUAGAGGGGAUGCAUCAAGAUCAGCAUCAAUUGGGAUAUCAUCAGGAACAUUAGCAGGCUUGGAGGACACAGCAGGAGCGUUGCGUUCACACUUGUCCAUGGUUAAAGUUCAAUUGGACUCUGAUGCCACAGCAUCAUCCUCAGGAGCGGAGAGCAAUGAUGAAGCUGUCAGUUAUAACAAUCCCCAUCAGGAAAAAAUGGCAAUUGAGAAACGUGCAUUAUGGUCAUGGCAGAAGGCGAGAGCUUCAAUUGCAGCGCGCUGGUGCUGGCUGCAGGCACAGGUCCAGGAGUUGGAGUACAAGAUACGGCAGCACAAUGAACUGCACAAGCAGGUCCGUGAAGCAAAAGGAUCCGUGCAGUUAGAAGGUGAACCUGUAGGAUAUGAGGGGUCGUUGCCGGGAGAUGACGGCGCAGCAACCUGUGCCCGAGUACGUCCUCUGAGGAGGGACACCUUCAAGAAGAGAAAGUUGUUGCAGAUGCACAACCUGCAUAUUGCUACUCCUAAAGCAGCUAAACCUUCGGAUGUAAAAUGCAGCUGCCGGUACCCGAUGGAGAGCUGUGCGGUGUGUACGGGGCGUGCGGAGGCUACUCAGCCGCGUUGCUGGGCCGCGCUGCCUCCAGCACAACGCGUUGCCCUCGUCGACCCCGGAUAUCAUCCCGUGCUCAGCGAUGUUAGAGAUAUCUCUCCUGCUAUACAUAUGAGUGCGUUAACAUCGCGAGCAUGGUUCCGGUCUCGAUGUAACAAGGCGUACCGAGGUGCGCACCACGCUGGCCCACCUCGCACCCACCACAACAAUACAGCAACCACCAUCACUACACCACCUGCCACCACCACCACCACACACAGCAACACCCUCACCAUUGUCAAGAAACAUCCAACAAGAUUGAAGCGAGGAAGACCUCCGUUAUCAAGAAAAAUUAAAGAAAGGGAAAGAGAGGAAGAGAAUUCAACUUCGGGGAAAGAAAGAUGUCGCGGUCGCUCCAGCACAGAGUUGCGUGUGCGCAGACCUUCAUACGACAUAGACAACAUCGUCAUACCACAGAGUAUAGCUGCCAACACACGCCCGGAGAUACUUACAUACAAGGAGAUCAUCACACCCAAAUGGAGAGUUCUGGAAUUACCCGAGGUCCCGCUAAAUAAUGGGAUCAGCAAAUCCAGUCGGAAGUCUGUAGAUAGUGAGGAAGAAGACAUAUCGGAAGCUGCAAUGGUGGCGCGGCACUCGCGCGCAGAAGUGAGCGAGCGCAGUCGUUAUAUGCGCAAGCAGCGAUCACGCCGCUCCAACCACGAGGAUCCACAGGCUCAGUCUCUUCCCCAGUCUCAGACAAUGUCCCAGUCACAGACAAUAUCCCAGUCUCAGUCUAUACCCCAGUCACAGAGUAUUUCCCAGUUAGUGCCCCAACAACCUGAGCCAGCGCCGCCGCAACGACUACACGAGACAGUGAGACCAUACUCGCCUCGACGUUUCCCUUUAUCAGAGGCGACGUAUCAAGAAAUGCUGGCGACAAUGCCUCGUGAAUACAGACCUGCCAGUCCACCUCCCAACUGGGGAAGCUCCUCACACUCGGGGUUUGAAGAUGUUGACAUGGAGGAAGGCAGCAGCCUCUCCCCAAUGUCGCCGCUGAUCUUCGACGGAGACGAUCCUGAUGACGCCGAGUGGAAUCCCGGCUCUGAACGAGUGGAAAGACGGAAAAGUAGCUUCAGAUGAAGAUAAAUACUUCUAAAGUGGUUAAAGUGUCAGUGUUUUGGUGAAAGUG